AUGUGUUUUAGCCUAGACGGCAUAGUCAGCUCCUCCCAGUCCCGCUACUCUUCUAGAUUCCUUCAGCACGUGUCUUUUCGUAUCUGCUACUUCUCCGCGGCAGCCGCACUCGACAUGGAUGAUAGGCGAAAGAUAGUCGUUUGCGAUAACGGCAGCGCGUCCAUCAAGUGCGGGUUCGCAGGCGACAACUUCCCCGUCGCCGUCAUUCCCAAUGUCGUCGGGCGACGCCUCGUCCGCCUCGACGAAACCUCCCAAGGCCAAGCACCCCCUAGCAUCCUCGUGGGCUCCCAGUGCAUGGAGCAGCAGCAGGGCGGGCAGCGAGUGGAACUGACCUACCCCAUCCACAACGGAGUGGUGCAGCGCUGGGACGACAUGGGGCACGUGUGGGACUACACCUUCAACACUGCGCUCAAGAUUGAUCCGUCAGAGAGCAAGAUCCUGCUCACUGACCCGCCGUUGAACCCAACUAAGAACCGCCAGCGCAUGCUGCAAAUGAUGUUUGAGAAGUACAACUUCGACUCCCUCUUCAUUCAGCUGCAAGCCGUGCUGCCACUCUACGCCCAAGGCAUUCUGACAGGGCUCGUAGUGGACUCUGGGGAGAGCGCCACUCACGCAGUCCCUGUGGUGGAGGGCUUUGCAUACCCGCACCUCACCAAGCGGAUCAGCAUAGCCGGCAGGCAGAUCACGUCUCACCUCAUUGACCUCAUGAUGCGCCGCGGCUACCCCUUCAGCAAGGUGUCGGACUUUGAGGCAGCGAGGGCCAUCAAGGAACAGUUGUGCUUUGUCAGCUGUGAUUACAAGAGAGAGAUGCAACUGGCUGAGGACACCACAGUGCUGGUCAAAGAGUUCACUCUGCCUGAUGGUCGAACGAUUCGGAUCGGUGCGGAGCGGUUCCAAGCACCAGAAGCCCUCUUCUCCCCCGUAUGCUUCCUUCUUCUCUCGUCUCCUUCCUCCUCGCCCGCUCUUAGGAAAGCAUCCUUCAAGUCUUUUGUACCAUGUUUCUUCUUUCCAUCCGCACGCUGUUGA